UCACGGGAGCACGCGCAAGGAGUCCUGCGGCCAAGAAGUGGGCGGCACACCGGGGCUCAGAGAACCUGGGUGUCCCCAGCCCAUGGGGACACGGCCACCCGCUCGUGCACUGGGCCUGCUCUGCUCCCGCGGGCCCUGGGGGUCCCUGAGGACGAAUUCAGAAUUCAGCCGCGCUCAGGUCACCCUGCAGGGGGAGGCUCAGGACAGGACUGCGGUGGAGACGGGGCUCCUCUGACUCCCGCCCGCUGCCCCUACCCCACUCCCCUUACCCCGGGACUUAGGCCUCCCCUUGCUCUGCCCAAAUGGGCGGAUCCAGGAGAGGUACCGGCAGCCCAGGCCGUCUCACAGCACGGCGGGGUCCGGCCCCGGGCGCGAGCUUCCUCAGACCCCCUGCCAAGUGCCCAGACACCGUGAGCAAGCCGCUCCGAUGCAUGGGAGGCUGUCGGAGGAGACCUCCCGGCCACCGGGGCCGUGCAUCAGCCUCGAUGGCUGGAGGUCCGGCGCUCAGCGGGAACGCUCGGAUCCUGGAAGCGGCCCAGGCGCGCCCUGUCGUUCUGGAAACAGCAGGACUGCCAGCACCGAGGGGGCAGAGCCUGGCGGCCAAGUGGCAUUGUUGGCGGUGGCCGUGACAAACAGAGGGUCAUUGUGGGGAGCGGGAGGGAGCCCGUGACGGCCCACCACGUGGCCCGGAACCCUCUCCCGGGAGGGGACAAAAGGGCCACGGCCACAGGCUCCAGACACCUUUCGUCCGUCGGCUACUCCCGCCUCACCAUGAACGUCCUGAGGCUGGCACUCGUGCUCACCCUGCUCGGUGGCCCCCAGGCCCUGCACAUGCGCCCCCAGGACCCCAACUUCACUGAGAAUCUGGUAGCCAGUGCAGGCAUCAGGAGUCGGGGGGUCGAUGGCAAUUGGUUCUCGAUAGCACGAGCAUCCAAUGAACCGGAACUCCGAAGGACGGACUCAGACACGAUGUUCUUCAUCCACAAGACCCACGUGACCUUCAAGGCCAUGCAGUUCCACGUCCACAGAAGGGUAAAGGGUAGGUGUAUCCCAAUUGUACUGACGGCAAGUAAGACGAGAAGGAAGUUUCAGUACGUGCUGAAACGUAAGUACGAACCGGCAGCCUCGUCCAGCCCGGGAGUGGGGAGCCCCGGGGACUCCCGGGCAGAGAAUGGCCAGGAGCUGGCCGGCCAGGACGCCGCCUCACAGGAGGGACCCACGGGCUGCGGCACCCGGUGGGCCCUCUCGGCAGCGGGCGGGUGGGGUGAGCUGGCAGGGGUGUCCGGGAAGGGCGGGAAGCCUGCACCCGGCCCUGCCCCCUCCUGGGGCCUGACUGGUCACGAGCACCAAGUUGUCAAUGGCUGUAAAGGGACAGGAGGGCUCCCAGGGUCCAGCUCCCGCCUGGUGGAGAACUCCGCACCCCUGCCUCCCGCCCACCCCCCGGAUUCACAGAUGCUGGCCACAACGCAAUCUUCAUGGAGAAGGCGGAUCCCCACCGCUUUGUCACCUUCUGCGUCCACAACAGGAGGCACAGGAAGAAGACGGUGAUGGUGGGCCUCCUCAGCAGGACCCCCACCACGGGCUGGGACAUCCUGCACACGUUCAAGAGUUGCUGCAGGAGCCACGGGACCGGCCCGACAUCAUCAGCCUGACCCAGACCGGUGAGCGCCACCCCCAGCCCGGCCUCGGGAGGCCGCAGGGGCUCAGCGUGGACCACCACUCAGCACCCGUGCCCCUCCUGCCACAGACCGCUGCCUGCACGCCCGACCGUAGAGAGGCUGCUGGGCCCGGGUGAGUGAGCUCUGACCCUGCAGGGGCUGCGGCGUGGGGGCCCCUCGAGGCCGGGUGACACGGCAAGUGCUGCUCCACGGGCACUGACCACCUACCAUGCCAGCGGCGGGGUGUGGCUAAGGGCUGGCAGCUCGGGGAGACUCCGGCCGCCAGGGCCACGGCCAGGACCCGGAGCGGGGAUGCCCACGGGGUCCCCUGAAGACUGUGGGGGCAGUGCCGGCCUGGGGAUGCCCACAGAGUCCCCCAAAGGCUGUGGGGGCCUGGGGCGCUGGGGGGCCUGCUGCGAGGCUCGGGGCCAGUCUGCAGAAGGAGACCGGGGGACAGGAUCUGCCCCAUCGGUCCCCCACCCCCCAAACCCACGCCGCCCCUCUCGCUCACAGGAGCGUCUCCCACGCCGGUACCGUCCCGUCGAAGGACUAGAAGUUCACAGUCCCCCGGGGGAGCCCUUCAACCGCUCCCCUCCCCCAGGCCCCGUUCCUGGAGACCUUUCCUGGCGUGCCCAAUAAACACCUGC